AUGACACCAUCGAUAUCACAAUCUGCGUCGAAGAGGAAGUUUCGAAAGCAUGUCACAACUGCUUGUGCGCAGUGUCGCGAGAGUAAAGUCAAAUGCGAUGGAGCAACGCCCAUUUGUGGGAGUUGUCUGCGAAAAGGAAAAGAAUGCCGAUAUGAGGCCAGGGCAGAUCGAAGAAAACUCUCUCCCCGUGUCGCGAUCGAAUUGCUCUCAACGAGGGUGAACCAGCUCUCCAAAUUCAUCAUCGAAAAUGGCCUCGAACCACCGCCCAUGCAACCGGGUAACGACGAAACACUCUCUGUAAUUCUACAUACCUUUGGGCUUGGGCAACUACAGCCUCAGUCGAGAGAGCCAAUAAAUGCAUCCUCCGUCGAGCUAGCCGACCAGAUUGACGAGGGCAUGGUGCCGGAGUCGAUGGAUCAAGCAGCAGCAUCUGUCGACUCGCAUACCACCUCCUGGAGUAUAGGUUCUGCCUCUAACGACGAUAUUUACAGGCUUCAAUCCAUGCUAGAUGUCGAAUCUCAACUUCCCCCGGACUCUUCUACAUUAGACGAAUACGGGCCCCAAAAUUCACAAGACAGCGAGGACGAGCUGGUCGAGCAACUCUCCGACCGCAUCGGCACACUGCAAAUUCGACUAGGCGGGCAUAUUCGCUUUUUUGGCUCGACGUCGAAUUUCCACUUGCUCGAGAUGCCCGGGACUGAUGGGACAACGAGUGUUUAUCAUCGGACAGUACGGAAUGAUGGCAUGAAAUACCUCGACCUUGUUGGCCUUGGCAAACGUGUUCCCUCAGAGAUUGAGGAGCAUCUGACCAGCCUCUACUUUGCCUGGCAGGAUCCAUGCUCUCAUGUGGUUGAUAGGACUAUUUUCGGGGACGCCAAAGUGCAGUGGCAGAGUGGACAGGAUACGCCAUAUUAUUCGGAGGCUCUGACAAGCGCCAUUUGUGCAGUUGGAGCAGCGUUUGAUGCUCGCUAUCAUCCAGCGUUUGUCACGUUCCCGCGAUCGCUUUCUGAGUUCUUUGCCGACCGAGCAAAGGCUCUUCUUGAAAUUGAGCUGGAUUCACCGCCGACUGUGGCCACAGUUCAGACCUUAGUGGUUCUCAGUGCACACGAGAAUGGCAUUGGCAGAGAUGCGAGGGCGUGGCUGUACAGCGGCAUGGCGAUGAGACUCGCCUAUCUUCUCGCGCUCGAUCAAAAUCUGACGCAGUACAUCGCAAAAGGUCUUCUUACUCCAGCGGAAGCAGAGCUACGUAAAGUAGUAUUCUGGGGGGCUUGCGUAGUCGACCAUGCAUGGAGUUUCCAAAUUGGACAGCCGUUUCGGUUCUCUCCCAAAGACGCCACCGCCGCAAAACCCACGUCUCGUCAAGAGAGAGCUGAGCAAUGGAUUGCCUACGUGGCGUCGGCAUCACCUGCAACUGCUCUCACGGAUUAUACCGAUCUGGUCUGUCGAUAUCAGGCCUCGCUCAUUGAAACAAUGGGGCCCCUGUCAACGACAGUAUAUGGGGAUGUGUCCAUUCCAAAGCCAACGCUUCAGGAGAUCAAUGCACGGACUGUCGCUGAGCUGCUCAAAUGGAAGGCUACUCUGCCCUUUGAGCUCCAGGUCAAUAACACUGAUCACAGCACGCCUUGCCUUCCACAUAUGCUUAUGAUGCACAUGCAAUACCAUCAAGCCAUGAUCUACGCCCAUAGACCAUACAUGUCCAAAUCCUACCUUCAGCCUCAGCCACCCCAAGGACCUGGAGCUCGUCACGCCCGACAAAUGUGCAUAGAGUCCGCCAGCUCUAUCGCUCAACUUCUAUGCUCUUACGAAGCACGGUAUUCUCUACGACGCAUGAAUAUCCAAGCCGUAGCCAUCACUUUCUCUGCGGCUCUACCGCUCCUGUUUACAACAAUAUCACAUCAAAUUUCACGAGAAAACGAGGUGUUUGGUCAUUUGGGGACUUGCUUUCGAGCGCUAGAUGAGUUGGGAUCAACAUGGGAGAGCGCUAAACGAGCGCGUGACUUUAUAGCCAGGUUACAACGUCAUUGGGAUACCCAGUACAGGUCGAGCAACUGGCCCGGUCGCUCAGGAAAGAGUCAAAUUAGAUCAACAGCUUUGGGAGAAGGACCGCAGGCUUCAAUUGUGUCGAAUGAUGAUGGAGGAAGCACCGUAGAAGUUCCCCGGGGAGGGAGCCAGUGGACUGGUUUCAACAACUCUAUGGGCGUGGACUUUGAUCUUGAUUGGAUACUUACGGCGGAUCUGCAAGGAAUGUCUCCGGACUGGGGGAGCUUCUUUUCCGUCACAUCAGGGGGCAUGCUAUCGAAUAGUUCGCUAGGCCAAUAA